UUUUUAGGAUUUUCUAUAUAAAAAUUUAGGGUCUUUCUCGAAUUCCUAGCGAAUAACCAAUCCAUUUGAAUGUUGGUAUUCAUAAAAAUUGGACUUAAAAAUGAUUAUGAAGUUGGUAUUUCAAGCAAUAACAAAGAUGGCGUCUGCGACGUCCCGCCAUAACUGGUUUGAUGUGCAUGCUUCUUUGAAAAUAUGUUUAUCAACAAUCAUGAUUUUGUAAAAUCGUGUAUUUCUUUUUCUUAUAAACGAAAAAGAGUGAAGGAACAAUAUUUGUUGCAUUUUACUGGAGUGAACAAUGAAGCAUCUAAUAUAUUUAUGAAUUUAUGACUUAAAAUUGUUUUUGUAUUAUGAAGGUAUAUUGAGCCAUGGAUAUAGAAGCUUCUAUAGCUGAACGAUUAGAAAAGUUAAGGCAAUGGCAAAUAGAACAACAGGAAAGGUUGUUAAAACAACAACAGAUGCAGAGAGAGGUUUUAAGCAAUGAGCAGAAUCGUAUUUGCAAAGCACUUGGUUUGACGAUACAUGAUCUCAAUGACAUCAUUGAUAAUACAGAAAAUGUUAUGCAUGGGACAAAGACAGAAAUAUUUGACGAAGUUUUAGGUUCCCAUUGCGAUAUGAAGAAUUUGGAUAAUGCAUUGGAAGUGAUUGACAAAGAAGCAUCAACUCAAAAUGCUGAUACAUUGUAUGAAAAUUGUAAGGAGGAAGAAUCUGAAGAUUCGGAUCGUUCCGCAAUCAUGGAUAAAAAUAGAGAUUCGAUUAAACGUUAUAAUUCCAGUAUAUUAUCGCCAGACAAAGAACUGGAUGCGAAUUUAUUAAUAGAAGGAAUAAAGCCGCUAUCGUUGGACAAUGCAGUUUCGAAUAAAUGUAUCGCAAUUGACGAUAUUCCUCUUCCCUCGCCUAAAAAGGACUUUCACACACUCCUGGAAGAGAGAUUGAAGAGAGAAUCAGAAGCUAUGUUAAAUGUGCACAACGAUGCAAAGACUAAACCAAAGAAACCGUUCCUCAAGAAAGGCCAAGGACUUUCGAGAUUCAAAAUCUCUCAAGAUACGAAGCAAUCAACAACUAUGAGGAAGCACAGCAUGUCUUUUACUCCUAAACACUGCAUCAAUAAAAGUGAUAAAUGCAGAAAGUCUACCGUGCACAAAGAUAUGGCCUCGAGAUCUCCAAAUAAUUUCGUUGCAGGUGAAAAGCGACAGUUGAGUCUAAAAAGUGUUCCAUUACCUAGAAACAAAAUCAUCACUUCAAGUAAACAAACUGCUUACGUUGCUUCCAAGCAAACAAGAUACGUGCAGGAGAUGAAUGCAUCGGAUUCCGAUUCGAAGAUGGACAGAGAAAUGGAGGAGAUGAGAAUAUUCGAGCUCAUGGAGGAGAAAGCGAAAAAUUCCAGCUUCUGUUCGACAUCCAGCACGGUACUGGCAUUUUUGCAGCAGUCCACGCCGUUCAAGAUAAAGAAGGGAUUGAAUUCUAAAGACAGCGAAGCACUCUUGACAAAUGCAAGAGGGCAAAACGAUACGAUCGAACAGGAAUCGACACCUCAGCGAUCUGCGCACGUGGAAAAUUUAAAAUCCAGGGCACAGCAUCAGUUCAAACAGUUUUGGAGUCAAAAACAGUCUUGUAUUAAUUCCACCACUGAUCCUUAUUUGAAUACAGAAUCUGUCAGUGAUAUGCAAGAGAGGAAACUUAACACUGAUGGUGCGAAGGCUCAUGAUCUAGAUGUUAUUGCAGCGUCAUCAUCAGACAGCGAUGAAGAGGCAGACAUCUCCAAGAGGAAUGAUUCAGCACGCGAUGGUGAAUCCUCGGAUGCGAACCAUUGCGUCAGAUUCUCAGAAUACAAUGAAUACAGAACUAUAGAUUUAACUGAUGCGGCAGAUAAAUCUCCUCUGAGAGAUUCCCUCGAGCAACAAAACUGGAAUCAUUCCGUUGAAACGUCAGAGUCCUCCGAUGUUGAAGAGAGACUCGUGCCGUUGAAUUAUGGGAAACAGACAUCUUCCCUGAAAGUCACGAGCGACAAAGAAGCGGCCGACGUUUCCAGGCAGUUGUUCUUGCAGGAGAAUGCACAUUAUCGCUUAACAGAGGCUGAUGAAGAAGAAGAAAAGGAUAUAUACGAAGAUGAUAAUGAUUGCGCGAUGAUGGAAGAAAUCAUCGAAACGUCUGACGAAGAGGAGCAGCGAUCCGUCUUGUCAUCAUCAUCCUCAUCAUCGUCGGACGUUCAGAGGAAAAAGUACAUCCUGAAAAGCGAGCCGGAAAAGAAGCUAUUAAUGGAGAAGAUAUUGAAGAUACGCUCGAACGCGGAAGAUCAUGAUUCCUUUCCACCCGAGGACCGAAUAAACCGGACGAAUGGCGCCAGAAGCUUCGAGUCGGAACUCCUGAAAAGCCGUCUGCUGGAACUCGAGAGGGAGAUCGACAUAUUUCGGAAGGAGAGCGCGGCCUUGCUACUUCAGCGGCGAAGCCUGCAGAACGAACAGACGAGCCUACGUAAGGAGUACUUGGAAAAGGAGAGGAACUUCGAGGAAAAUCGAAGGAGAGUGGAGAACCGGUUGGAGGAGGAGAAGAAAAGACUGGCCCGCGAGAGGAUAGCGAUGGAGAAUCGAGUUCGCGACGCCCAGGAGAAGGCGAGGCAGAGCAAGACGGAGAGGCAGAAGGCGCAGGACCUGCAGGAGCAGUUGGAAAGGUUGAGGGAGGACCUGGGGGUCCGGGAGAGCAGGUGGAACGCCGCAGAAUCCAGGUACAAGAGCGAAUUUCGCGUACUGAGGGCGGAAGUUUCGAAGCUGAAGGAAGAGAUCACGACCCUGCGGAAUGUCAAGAGGACAAACGUCAUGAAUACCAGGAAGAGUGGACAAAUGAUUACCAGGGCUAUCAAUCAAAUUAAUAGACGUGUCGCCGCACCUCCGUCCUCCAGAGAGCCUCCGGCGAAGAUGAUGAUGCCUUCUCGAGAUCUGUCUUCAGAUUCUUCUGCUCCCGAAGAUAAAGAUGAGGCUAAAGAUAGGGACAAGUCGGUGGAAUCGAUUGUAAAAACAGUUUAUUUAAACGAUGAUUCAGAACAAGUGGAUAAAAUAUCUGUAGAUAAUAAGAAGGUAGAGUCUAAACAAGUUGGGGUUGGUUUCCAGCCAAAAUGCAAUAAAACAAUAAAAUUUGCGGACGAAAGCGUCGCGAAGAAGAAGCAGUAUUUGUAUGAAAAUUUGCUGAAGGACGCGACGUCAAAUCUGGUGGAGAAUCCAAAUCAGAGUCACGUCACGCGAGAUGUGAAUGAUGAGUCAAAAAUAAAAGACGAUGUAAAGAUGCAGAAUAGAAUAGAGAAGAGUCCCUCCUCUCUUCGUCAUCAUCGGAUCAGCGAAGCGAAUACUAUUAAUAAGGAUAUCGUAAAACAGAUACAAUAUACGGACGGACGUGUCGAGUACUGGUAUCCGAACGGUAAUGUGAAGAAAGUCUUUCCGGAUCGAGAAAUCACGAAGAUGAUUUAUUAUAAUGGAGACGUUCGCGAGACAGACAAGGAUGGGAGAGUAAAAUAUUUCUACGCUACGACUAAGACUUGGCAUACGACGACUCCGGAUGGGUUGGAGAUUUUAGAGUUUCCAGACGGUCAAGUGGAGAAGCGUGCAUCAGAUGGUACCAUUGAAGUUUCAUUCCCAGACGGAGCUGUACGAAUAGCACAAGCGGAUGGUACAGAAAAAUGGUCCCUGCCAGAUGGAACGAUAGCGGAAACUUUUAUUAACGGCGACAAAAUUCUGACUUUACCGAAUGGUCAGAGAGAAAUUCAUACGAAGGAGCAUAAGAGACGAGAGUACCCCGAUGGUACUGUAAAGUUAGUUUACACGGAUGGUACUCAAGAAACACGUUAUUCCAAUGGAAGAAAACGAUUGAAAGACAAAGAUGGUAAUCUUUUAAUGGAUUCGUACGAUAAUUAAGUUUUUGGCACCAAUGAUAUUUAUUGUAAUGAAUUUCAGUAGAAAUUGUACAGGAGAAUCUCUCUAUUCUGAAAUUAUUUCUUUGCUAUUUUACAAUCUCUUUCUAAUAUUGAUUAUCUAUAUUGUGAUCUCAAAACAUUAACUUUACUAUGAAGAUUUCUUUUAGUUUUUAUUGUUAUUUUAAUGAUAUGUAUAUAUAUAAUUGGGCUGAAAUGGAAAUGUUGCUCUAUUAAUUAAUUGUUGGAAAAAAAUUCUAGACACAACCAAAAAUGUCUAUGCAAUAUCUAAUUGAUAUUCCAACAAAUAAUAAUGUAAUAUUAAUUUAAUAAAAGAAAAGCUCAAAAUAGGGAAUUUCAGUUUACAAAAAAAGAGAGAAAGAAACAGCUGAUUUAUGAUAAUAAGAUUCUAUAGAUGAAUCAAAGAUUUAUGUACCGAAUAUUAGUGAAUAAUUAAUGUACAAUUAAGCCACAGUAGGCUAAACAAUAAUUCAUAUUACAUAUAAUAUAACACUAUUUUUAUAGAAAU